AUGGGCAAUUGCUUACCACUUUGUAGACUCAAAAAUAAGUCUCAGGCUACAAGGGUUGUGACCAAGAAUGAGAGUUUCUUGCACAUUGUGAAGAACCAGGACAAGAUUUUAGAGCACACAAGGCCUAUGAUUCUUGAGGAUAUAUCAAAGGACAUGGAUGGUGCAAGUUGUGGAAAGAGAGUUAAAUUGAUUAUAACAAAGCAAGAGCUUCAAGAAUUGGUGUCUAAGAAGAUAUCAGUGGAUGAAAUGCUCUUGAGAAUUCAGAGAGAGGCAGUGAUCAAUGGUGGCAACAACUGUGGAACAAGGUGGAAACCAGAGCUUGAAACCAUCCUCGAAUGA